CCGAGCCCCGGGAAGGCUCCGGCUGGCUAGCCCAGGUCGCCGGCGGUCGAGGGCUGCGGCCAGCGUGCCGGGAUGAGCGGGUCCCUGGGCCGGGCGGCGGCGGCGGCGGCGACAGCUCUGCUCCGCUGGGGGCGCAGCGCAGGCGGCGGCCUCCGGGGCCCGGGCGUGCGGGCUGCAGGCUCGGGCGGCAGCGGCUCGUCGGAGCACCUGGACGCGUUGGUGAAGAAGGACAAGGUGGUGGUCUUCCUCAAGGGGACGCCGGAGCAGCCCCAGUGCGGCUUCAGCAACGCCGUGGUGCAGAUCCUGCGGCUGCACGGCGUCCGCGACUACGCGGCCUACAACGUGCUGGACGACCCCCAGCUCCGGCAAGGCAUUAAAGACUACUCCAACUGGCCCACCAUCCCGCAAGUGUACCUUAACGGCGAGUUCGUGGGGGGCUGUGACAUUCUCCUGCAGAUGCACCAGAACGGGGACCUGGUGGAAGAACUGAAAAAGCUGGGGAUCCGCUCUGCCCUCUUAGAUGAAACGAAAGACCAGGACUCGAAGUGAGGGAAGGUGGCCCCGGGCGAGGAGCCGCUGGUGUCGAGUCUCACCGCCAGAGAAGCCUUACCCGUUCGGGUUCCCGCUGUUCAGACGACCGCUCGCACUGGUUCCUCCAGUUUGUAAGCAGCCAAGUGAUUUUAGCGUGUCUGCUGUUUGGGCAAGGAAGAUCCUGUCGUGAACAUAAUCGUAACCACUGUACCGUCAUAAUCAAUGUCGCAUUACGAGAUUGUUGUAAACAAAAUUCCUUCUUGUGUUGUUCUUUGCUCUUUGCCUGAUUCAGGAGUAAACCUGGGAGCUUUUGAAUCAUUGUUAUUCUUCAUGGGUCCUGCACAAAUAUGUCAGUCAGUCUGCAAAGGUAAUAUAACCCCCCCCACGCCCCCCAGUUUUUCAUAACUUGUUCUGUUAAGAAAAAUGAUCGACAAGGAAGAAAAUAAGAUAACCGGGUUUUUUGGUUUUUUUUUAAAAAAUAAACUGCCAACCCAGG